AUGGAAGACCCAAAUUCUCGGCCGCCUACAAGCCUGUACAUUGUCGGCAGGAAAACAUGCGAGCAGCAAGUGGUAUACUACGUAGGGGUAAGCAAAGCAGCCAGACGUUGUCGCGGACCGCUUGAAAGCGUGUCAGGGCCCGACCUGAGGCGCGGUACCUCCAAAUGA